CCUCUGUCGUCCUUCUCUCUGCUUCCUCAGGGCAGUUUAAAUUUUCUCACUGUGAAUUUGUCUCUACAAGGCGAUGAUCGGCGCUCGUAUCGGAGAUUCAUCGCAAGAUACACCGGAACUAGUGGAGGUGAAUAUAGCAGCUGAUGGUAGUACUAGUGAUGUUUCAUGUGAAGAAAGGGGUGUUGAAGAACCUUGUGUGGGUAUGGAGUUUGAAUCUGAGGAUGCUGCUAAGAAAUUCUAUGAUGAAUAUGCACGACAUGCAGGAUUCAAAAUGCGUAUUGAUCAGUGUCGUCGUUCAGAAGUUGAUAAAAAAAUUAUAUCUCGCAGACUUUCUUGUAAUAAAGAAGGUUAUUAUACAAAAUCCAAGAACCAAUUUGGGCAUAUAAGGAAACAACAAACAAGUUCAAGACAAGGUUGCAAUGCAAUGAUGCUUGUGAGAGUAAAUAAAUUUGGGAAAUGGGUUGUGACUAAAUUCGAAAAAGACCAUACUCAUCCGUUAGUUUUGUCGACUUGUCUUUCUGUCAACGAAGGGGAUUGUAAAGAAAGGAGAAUUCAAGGAUUGACUGCAGAGUUGAAGCAUCAAGAUGGAUUAAUUAAGUUUUACAGGGAGCAUCUAUGCAUGCUUUUAGGAGAAAUUGAGCAGCAGACGGAAGUUUUGUCAACAAAAAUCCAAGUUGCUGUUAAUAAUGUGAGAGAGAUAGAAACAAAAGAGCAGAAACAGUUGAAGCAUAUAAAUAGGAACAAAAAGAUGUAGAUGUACAAAAUAGAAGUUCAAAUUCUACACAGAACCGAUAUAACAGACACAAGUGAUGUGUGCAUCCGAGGAUAUUGAAGAUAAUGAUACUGCUUUUAGAAGUAAUGAUCUUUGAUGAUUGAUGCUGCUUAAUUUUGAUGUCAAAUUUUGCCAAAGGUAGUAAUACUGUAUUAUUUUGAUUUUGAGGUUAAUAAGAAAAAUGGAGAAA